AUGGCCCCCCCUCCCCGCGGGGCCCCCCCGGCCUGGGCGCUGGCUCUGCUGGCCUCCCUUUGGGGGGGCUGCGCCCCCUGCCCCUCGGUGUGCCGCUGCGCCGGCGGGCGCGUCUACUGCAACGACCGGGGGCUGACGGCGGUCCCCGAGGGGCUCCCCCCGGGGGCCACCACCCUCUUCCUCCAAAACAACCGCAUCGGCGACGCCGGCAUCCCGCCGCGGCUGGGCCGCCUGCCGGCGCUGCGGGUGCUCUACCUGUACGCCAACGCGCUGGAGCAGCUCCCGGCCCACCUGCCGCCGGCGCUGCGCGAGCUGCACCUGCAGGACAACAACGUGCGGGGGCUCGGGCGCCGAGCCCUGGCCCGCGCCCCGCUGCUGGAGCGCCUGCACCUGGACGACAACUCGGUGUCGGCGGCCGGCAUCGAGGAGGACGCCUUCGCCGAGAGCCGCCGCCUGCGCCUCCUCUUCCUCUCGCGCAACCACCUGAGCAGCGUGCCGCCGGGGCUGCCGCCGGCGCUGGAGGAGCUGCGGCUGGACGACAACCGCAUCCACACCAUCCCGCUGCGCGCCUUCGAGGGGCUGCCGGCCCUGCGGCGCCUGGUGCUGGACGGCAACCUGCUGGCCAACCAGCGGAUGGCCGACGACACCUUCAGCCGCCUGCACAACCUCAGCGAGCUCUCGCUGGGCCGCAACGCCCUGGCGGCGCCGCCGGCCAACCUGCCCCGCGCCCGCCUGCGCCGCCUCUCGCUGGCGGCCAACGCCAUCAGCCACGUGCCCCCCGGCGCCCUGGCGCGCAUGCGGGCGCUCGAGCGCCUCGACCUCUCGGACAACAACCUGAGCACGCUGCCCCGCGGGCUCUUCGACGACCUGGGCAGCCUGAGCCACCUGGGGCUGCGCAACAACCCCUGGUUCUGCGGCUGCAACCUGGCCUGGCUGCGGGACUGGCUGCGGCGCCGGGCGCCGCCGGGGCUGGAGGUGCGCGGCCUGCUGUGCCAGGCGCCCGCCCGCCUGCGGGGGCUGCCGGUGGGGGAGCUGCGGGGGGAGAUGGACGCCUGCGGGACCCCCGCGCCGGAGGUCCGUUGGCCCCCGGCCCCCCCCGGCGCCUCCUUACGGCUCAGCUGGCUUCGGCCCGGGGGGGGCGCGGUGACCGAGACCCUGGUGCGAGGCGAGCGGGGGGAGUACGUGGUGACGGCGCUGCAGCCCCACGCCGCUUACCGCGUCUGCCUCUCGGCCCUGGACGCCCCCG